AUGGCCGAUGGGUACAGAUAUCUACAGCAGAGCGCUGGGAACCAUUUUUACCCUCAACAAUACACGGCGAACCAUCACGCGCGCCAGCAGAUAAUACGCAACAGCACUCCCCCCAACAACCUCCGAUCCGCCUUCUCUACUGAAACUCCAUCACCUUCUCGAUCUCCUGACUCACACUCACCAGCUCCGAAUUCUUACGCAAUGUACGGCCCAGGACAUUCAGGACAACCUGUCCGUGUGCCCGGAAGACAACCACAACAGAAUAUGAUGUUUAAUUACCCCCAUGCACACCAACAGCAGCACCAGCAGCAUCAUGCGAACACGCAGCACGAUCAUUCGUCACACCCAACAAACGGCUCAGUGCUGGGGCACCACGCACACUAUUCGUCGGGCGUCUUGUCAAAUGCGACCCCAAGUUUUACACCAAGCAAUUUGCAAAAUGGACAUACAUCGACAACUCGCGGGGGCCAAGCACAGGCGAUAACAGAAUAUUGGGCAGAGCAGAUGAGACUGCACAAAGAAUCCGAAACUGCGAACCAGUCUAUGGUGGAACACGGGGCACCAAAUCAUUUUGCGAGAGCCAGAGCUGGGGAAAACCGAGGUUUAACUACGAGUGCCGACACAGGUUCGACAGACGAGAAUAGUGAGGACCGGAGUCGUCCUUACCGACAAGAAAUGGUAAAGCGCCAGGAUUGGCACAGUAUGGACAUCAGUGGCCAAGGUCUCAAAGUGUUGGCCACACCGUUAUUUGACUAUGUGUUCCUAAGUGAACUCUAUAUUGCGUCAAAUAGGAUCACUCGUUUGCCAGAAGCGAUUGGCCAAUUAAGAUAUCUCACUCAUCUGGACGCUUCAUUUAAUCUGCUGACGGAGUUGCCAAAGGAGCUCGGCAUGUGCGUGUACCUUAAAAAGCUCCUCGUAUUCAACAACCGGAUUGAAACUGUCCCUUACGCUUUGGGAGCAUUACAUCAAUUGGAGCAGUUAGGAAUUGAAGGCAACCCACAUCUGGACCCAGAUAUCAAGAGUGCGAUCAGCGAGAGAGGUACAAAGGCUCUCAUCAAAGAGCUGAAGGAGAGCGCUCCUGCUCCAGCACCACCCCAGGAAAGAAAGUGGAUAACGCUUCAAGAUGGCCUCCCUUCAGCCAGCAACGAGACGAUAAAGGUCGCCUCAUUCAACAUUCUCUGCGAUCGAGCCUGCACCCAAGCACUUUAUGGAUAUACACCAGAUUCAGAUUUAGAAUGGGAAACGCGCCGGGAAAAUGUCUUGAAGGAAAUUCUGACCAUCGAUGCGGACGUCAUUUCCCUCCAAGAAGUCGAUACAGAUACGCACUACGAAUUCUUGAGCCCUAAACUCGCCUACCACGAUUACAAGGGCAUAUAUUGGCCGAGACCUAGGUCGAAAACUAUGUUGGAAAAAGAAGCCAAGCGCGUUGAUGGUUGUGCAAUAUUUUAUAAGGGCAGUAAAUAUAUUCUGCUAGAUAAGCAGCUCAUCGACAUGGCAAAUGUUGCCAUCAAUCGACCAGAUAUGAAAAACCAGCAAGACAUUUUCAACCGUGUCAUGCCAAGAGACAACAUCGCCAUUAUCGCUUUCCUCGAAAACCGUAUUACCGGCUCGAGAAUAAUCAUUGUCAAUACUCAUCUCCACUGGGACCCCAAAUACGCCGAUGUCAAGUUAAUUCAAACGGCCAUCGUAAUGGAAAAGGUGGAGGUUUUGGCAGAGAAAUGGACGAAACGAUCCGCAUGUACAGACAGAGAGAAGAAAGCCGGGUUGAUGGACGAGAAUGGAAUUCCAGAAACAAACUUUGCAAACUUCACGCCAUCAAUGGAGUAUUCGAGCAAUACGCAAAUUCCAUUGAUCGUCAAUGGCGAUUUGAACUCUACAACCGGCUCAAGUGUGUAUGAUCUGCUUUCCAAGGGAAGUGUGAAGCCAAACCAUCGCGAGCUUAGCCAGUACCAGUACGGAAACUUCACCAAGAAUGGUAUCGACCAUCCGUUUUCGCUACGCUCAGCGUACACCGCGCUCGAAAAGACACCUGACCGUUUGCAAUUCACCAAUUAUGUACCUAACUUUCGGGAUGUUAUCGAUCAUAUAUGGUACUCUACCAACACCCUGGAGCUAACGUCACUUCUUGGCGGUGUCGACCCCGAAUACAUGAAGACAGUACCUGGAUUCCCAAACCACCAUUUCCCCAGUGAUCAUUUGUUGAUAGCAUCUGAAUUCUCAGUCAAGGCGAGGAAGGAAAAGAAAGUGCAUGCGGAGCCGGAUUUCGGGCCUUCUAGUCGGAGAAGGGAUUAA